GCGGCGGCGGUCAAGGAGGAGGUAGCAAGGGAGGAUGGAGUGGUGGCGGUGGUGGUCAAGGAGGAGGUGGCAAGGGAGGUUGGAGCGGCGGCGGUGGUGGUCAAGGAGGAGGUGGCAAGGGAGGAUGGAGCGGCGGUGGUGGUGGCCAUGGAGGGGGUGACAAGGGUGGGGGCAGUGGUGGUGGCCAUGGAGGAGGUGACAAGGGAGGAUGGAGCGGUGGCGGUGGCGGUGGUGGUGGAGGCAAGGGAGGUCCGGGAGGUAACUGAAACCAUAACUAGUAUGGAGAAUAAGGCCAUAGGCGAACGGCCAUAUAAACAUAGUUUGUUUGAUUCAGAUCCAUUUUCAGUAUAUAUGGAGCAGCCUGUUAUACCAUUUCAUUAUGUAUCCUAUUCAAUAAUAAUAUAAUAAAUGAAGUCUGAAUCUAUAUCUGCCUACUAAAAUGUUAAAUUUCAUUACUAUUUGUAAACUAAAAACAAACAUGAUGUGAAUUUCCUUAUUUUAUUACAUGGUGUUGACCCGAUCUAACGCGUUAUAAACAUAUUCUGUAAAACAAAAUAUGCUGCAUAAAUCAAGACCAGAACCAGAAAGAGUUACCAGUUAUCUGGUACUUAUGGAUCAAUCCGAGUUUUGUUUCAUCUAUAACAGGUCAAAUGGAUUAAUCUAAAAGGUUUAUCUCAAAAGGCAACAAAUCAAAUGGGUCUAAAUGAAUCCCUGAUAAUUAUGAUUGUUUUAUCAUUCUCGUAUGCUGCGUGUCAGUUUUAUCGCCACUUGUCUCGAGGGUGGGUUGGCCGUCUUUCUAAAUAUAGUCAAGAAAGCAUGAGAUGAUGCAGGCGGCUUGAAUUUGAAUGAGGAUAGGUUUUGAAGUAGGAGGUAAGUAGCAGGCAUGCUUCAUUUAAUGCUUUUUAGUAUAUAAAAAGGGCCCAAAAGACGCAGUAUUAGCAUGCGCAGAUUCUGAAAAUGAAAUCAAAGGGCGGUUUUGUGGUGGUGUUGGUUUUUGUGUGCGCGUUUGUUCUUAUUACAUCACUGGUGACAGCUGAAAGCUAUGAAAAUGACGAGAAAAGAAGGGAAUCGGCUGGAAAAAUGCAAGUAGGUGGAGGUAAGGAUGGUUGGGGUGGAUAUGGAAGUGGAGGAAACGGUGGCGGGUGGUUUGGCGGGGAUCAUGGAGGUGAUAAGGGAGGAUUGACUGGCGGUGACAGGGGAGGACGGAGCAGUGGAGGCGACAAAGAAGCAAGGGGAGGAAGAGGUGACAAGGGAUCGCGCGGUGGAAAAGGUGAUAAGGGAAGGAGGGGAGGAAGACGUGACAGGGGAAGGCGUGGUGGUGGCGGCGGUGAAAUUGGAGGAUAAAGUGGUAGUAGUGGUGGAGGCAGGGGAGCUCUCGGAAGUAACUUAAAACACGACUAGUUUGGAGAAUAAGGCCGUGGGCCAACGACCAUAUGUAUAUAGUUUGUUUGAUUCAGUUUUGUUUUCUGUGUGCUUGUAGUUAUACCAUUUCA